AUAAUCUCCGCCCUAGUGCAAGCUUCUUUGGCCUCACCACCGUCCACUAAUCGACUCAGUUUUCGCACAAAUAGUGCGUCCACUAUGAUAUUUUCCGCCACCCCUCGAGUUCCGCGCGAGGAAGGAUGGUUGGACAAUGCAGCCGCGUCGACCGAAACAACCGAGGCAACUGGCCAAGUGGCACUACCGUGUGGCACAGUUGCAACCGACAACUAAUUGCUGAAAGGCACCGCCAUUUCGAGUCGCGUGCUGCAUGUUGCUGUCGGCGAAAUGAAAUGCUGUAGGCGUGUCUGAAAUCAGCCUCGCAAGUCGCUUCCGAGCCUCUGAGCCCUUGAGUCCCGCAGCUCCCUCCGCUGGUUCGCUAACCUAAUAUGAUCCUAAUUUGCUAUCAGCUGACUACUAGCUAGUACUGCUGACAACUGACGGCUAAUGACAGUGUGGGCUGACACGUAGUAGUACCUAACAGCUAGUAGCAGUAGCAGCUAACGGGUAACUCCUGAGGCGAGAUGAAGCCGCGAUCUGCGCCGCCUGCUGCGCUGCUGACAACCCUACUUAUUCGGCUUGUGAUUCCCCUCGUCUGUGCCGUUGCGAUUCGAAGAGCUGCAGCGGCAGAUGCGGUCUUAAAAUCCUCCCAGAGUGCGUGUGACGCCUAACCGUUAACGUAACCCUAUAAUGGUUGGAGUAACCCUAAUUCGGCUUGUGGUUCCUCUUCACUGUGCCGUUAGCUUCAGCGGCAAACGCGGUCUUAAAAUCCUCCCAGAAAUUGGCGCUACAGAGUGUGCUGAGUGCGUCGGCCAUGGAAUUGGGCGAGGAGGACCUCGUGUGUGGGAGCUUCGUUCUCAGCAUUGCAUGCAACUCGCAGGGCCUUGUGACCGGGCUAUUGCUUCCCUCAAUGGCUGACCUUCCCAUUGACAUCCUCCAGCUCUCAAGACUCGAAACAUUGGCCGUGGAGGGGCACAACGGCAUGCCCAGCCUGCCAUCCAUCCUCGGCUCCCUCAAGUCCCUCACUCGCCUUAGCAUGGAGUCAGCAGUGAGUGGCGGCACCAUUCCUGCCUCCUUCAGCCGGCUCAAGAAUCUGCAGCACUUACUCCUGACUAGCAACAGCCUCGAGGGCGCGAUUCCUCUGCUUCUCUCCUCUCUCACCGCUCUCACAUACUUGUCGCUCGCUGACAACCAAUUUGACUCCUCCAUACCCACAAGGAUCCAGAAACUGCAAAGGCUGGUUUCCAUUGAUUUAAGCCGCAACCAGCUCUCUGGCUCCCUAGCUCCCCUCACAGGCCUUCCAAAGCUAAGCCACAUUGAUUUAAGGCGCAACCAGCUCUCUGGCUCCCUAGCUCCCCUCACGGGCCUUCCAAAGCUAAGCCACAUCAACCUGGGAUAUAAUUCGCUCAACUCAAUUCUUCCUAACUCCAUUUCUCGACUCAAGAAGCUAACUGAACUGUCUCUUGAUGGCAAUGCGAUCAUUGGCUCUCUGCCUCGUGCGAUCUCUGCACUCUCCAGCCUCACACUUCUGCGCCUAAGAUACAACAACAUUACGGGGACCAUCCCUUCUGCCGUCGGCAGCUUGAGAAACCUCAUCAUGCUGGACCUCGCAUACAACCCCAUUACGGGCAGCCUGCCCUCGGCACUGGGCUUGAUGAAGUCCCUCAAACUGUUGGAGAUUCGGUCUGCAAGGCUCAACGGCACUCUGCCUCUCGCGCUCAUGAAGCUCCGAGCACUUGAGACCAUCCAGCUGGCAGACAACCAGCUCACCGGCUCGUUCCCAACCUUCCUCGCCAACCUGUCGUCCCUCACCAUGAUUGAGAUGCAAGAUAACCAGAUCACUGGAUCCCUCCAUCCGCGUUAGGGGGCUUCUCCAACCUCUUCAGGCUGCACCUGGCCAACAACAGCAUUGAAGGAACCCUACCAGAGUCCCUCAGCCGCCUGACCAGCUUGGGGUACCUCAAUCUUGCAGGGAAUCAGCUUUCGGGAUCGCUGCCUGCAUUCCUUUCACAGCUCACAUCCCUCUACGAGAUUGACCUGAGUCGCAACAGCCUGUCAGGCGCCCUCCCUCCCGCUGCUUUCAACUGGUCCCUUUCCUUCCUGGGCCUAUCAGAUAACAACUUAUCAGGGGAGCUUCCGGCAUACCUUGGUGACUACAGUGCAAUGAUCAACGUUGACAGCACUCUCACCUGCCCGGCUGACGGCACUGCGUGUUCCCUUGAGCUCAAAUCAAGGGCGGCCUUUGAGUUCCCAAACUACUUCUGCAGCACCCUCUGCCCCUCCUUCUGCCAGACCUGCGUCGCUCCCCCGGCAGAUACCUCGGGGGGGGAGUCAGGAGGAGGGGGAGGAGGGUUGGGGGGGGGUGGGGGUUUUGGAGGAGGGGGUUUUGGUGGGGGGUUUCUGGGCGGGCUUGGUGGUAGCACAAUUGGGGGUUUGGGUACCAGCGGGGUUUUGGGUGUCAGCAAGGGGCUGACACGCAGCUUUGGAUUGACGAGUAAGAGACGUGUUUAUAGGGGAAGAAAGGCUCCUGCACUAACAUGACCUGGCCACAAAAGGUUUAGGAGACAGCGGAAGAGCUCCUUUAUAAGGAAGCUAUGCACACUGAUGGCUGUUACUGAUGAAGUAGGUUUGUUCUACAUUGCUUACAAGAAGGUAGCAGAUAGGGACCAUAGCACUUGUAACUUCUGAAAAUUGUAGCCGUUCAUUUGUGAUGGUCAGUGGUGGCGGGAGGCAGGCCUGAUUUUAUCAGAUUAUUUUAGUCUGAUUGUCUGAAAUUUCAGACCUUUUUUGCCGACCCUGAUUUCAGACUUGCCAAUUUCUGAAUGCUGAACCCUUC